GUCCGUUCCGUGAACCGGCGCAGUUCAUGUGGUUCGUACCGGCGCGUUCAAGGAGCUUGGUAACUUGUGUAACAAAAUAACAGAAAUCACAUGUAAUCUUUUAUGAAAUGUUAUUGCCAUAGAAUUUGACCGUUUGAGUUGCAAGUGAUUUUUUGCGCGGCUUAGCGUUUUGCGUCCAUUGUAGAAUAAGCUUUAACAGUGUUUAGCGCAAUCCGCGUGGAACCGGCGCGCGUUUUAACGAGCUGCAGCGAAGGGAUCGAAAAAACAAAACAAAAAUUGGAAAAUUGCGUAGAUUUGUCUCCGAUGGAUGACGAGAUGCUCAUCGAGUGCGUGCGACAGCACGUAGAGCUGUACGACAUUUCUGACAAGAGAUACGUCGGCGGGGCUCACAAGCAACGCAUUUGGAAAGAGAUAUCGCAGUACCUCGGGCACUCAGCGAUAACGUGCAAGACGCGAUGGAACAACAUCAGGGACAACUACCGGAAGUCCCUGAAGAAACGAGUCGCGAGAAGCGGACUGACUGGACAGCCCAAGAACAUGAGAUACAGAUACGAGAACCAGUUAACCUUCCUGCUGCCAUUCAUAAAGGAGAGAGACCCCAAUCACUCGGGUCCUAUUAGGGAAGGCGAUGAGGUUCCGCCGACGGCGGAAGAGACGCCGCCGGUGAGGCGCGAUGACGAUCGCGAUUUGCAGACGAGGCCGGCCGGCAAUCCCGAGGUGACCGAGGACGCGGCGAACAGGUCGUACGGCGAGGAACUGACGGCGAGGAACGAGCAGCCGAAACGGGAGGUCCUAAUCGAGGAUGACUCAUUGUUUAUCCCCGAAUUAACGAGCACGAAUGAUCCCGCGGAGAGCAACGAUCUCGGGCUGCAAAUCGCGUCGUCCCUGUCCCACUCGGUGGACGCUUUCCUGGCCGGCAUCGCGCCGACUCUCAAGUCACUGAGCCCCUACUACCUCAACAUCACCAAGACCAAGAUAUUCUCGAUCGUGCAGGAGGUAGAAAUGAUCCAGAUCGUGAAGCGGCAGAAGCGGUACCAGGCGAGAAAGAGGCGGGCGAGCAGCAGCCCGAACGAGUCCGGCGCGAGUCCGUUCUCCAGUUCGAUGUACGUGCCGUCCAUGUCGCCGCAAUAGACACCGACUUCUCACCUGUUUGCCGGAUCGGCCGCGCAAAUUGGUCGCGACGGGUUCCGCGGCCUCCGGCUUGAGCGCGGCCCAGCCGGCACCCAGUCACUUGUAGCUCGCGAUUCGUACGAGAUUCGCGAAUAGCGAAUGGACAGGCAGACGACCCCGUCCACGUUCGCGUCCGUUGUUGACCAUUCGUGCUGACUCGCCAGUGGAGCGGUUUUUCGACAAAAUCGAAGGGCGCAAAUCGCGACGAAUCAACAACGUGUCAAUGUUAGCAUACAUGUACAAACUAUGAACCUCGAAUCGCAAACAACGCGAGAGGAUCUGAGCGACCAAUCUCUGCGAGUCUACUGUGGAAUCGUGCAUAACGCUAGCUCGAUACAAAAUCUAGCAAUGGGUCAGCGAUAAAAGACUUUUUUUUACACUUUACAGAAAUAUAUUUUUAGAGGAAAGUCUC